GCUCUACCAACUUGGCCAUGGUACCAACUUUCUUAGUCCCAUGGAAGGAACACCUUUCUCUAAAAGAAUAAAGAAAAGCAAGGUGAGUUUGAUGGAAGAAAACAUCAACUUCUCCUUCAUUAUGUGUUUGAUUUUGCAGUUGAACAAGAAAUUCUCUUCUUUCUUGGCAACUCUUGUGAUGCCUUUAAAGCUCACAUGAACAACAUGAACACUUCCUAUCUAGCAUGUAGAUAGGUUUAUCUUCUCUGAAGCCUUAUCUUCAACUAUUUACUCCAUACAUGAACAUGCUUUUGUGUGCAUGUGCAAUAAAUUCAAAGAGAAUUUCUUUGUUCAAAUUCCACAACAAUGGGUUCAAUUUGCAAUCUAUGUUGAUUAAGAAGAGUUUUGAGUCAAUAAGUUGUCGUUAAACAGAGGUUUAAUCUGUCUUUAUUAUUUCUUUUCAACUUUCAUUGAACAUCAACUUCCAUUCCAGUAAUCCUAUAAAUACCUUUAACUUCCUUUUUGAGCUACCCAGAAAAAGAAACCUUGAAAUCAAGCCCCACAUCAGAGAUUUCUCAUAAACAAAGAGAAGAUACCCUCUUUCUCUUUCUCUUUCUCUUUCCUACGCAUGAAACCCCAUAUAUGCCAAAUUACAUUCACAUGUCUUUGUUUCUAGCGAAAAAGAUAAAUCUCCUCAACUUUUGCUUACAGUUGGAUCUCCACCAACUCCCUUUUGCUUAUCCGCAAUAACAGAACUCAUCUUCUACUAUAUCGUAAGGCUUUGAUUAGUAUUUACUAAAAUCCAUCGGAUCAUAGAGUUGCCUAUCCGUUUUUUUGUUCCUCCUCAAGAUUUUGCUGCCAUGAAUCCAGUGAUUCUCUUCGUUCUCUCAUUUUUGUUUAUCAAGUCACUAUCUUCAAAGGUUGUGCCAAGCAGAACAAAUGCCCAUAUCACUGUAAUGGGUUUUGUUUACUGUGACAUCUGUUCCAACAACAGCUUCUCCAGACACAGCUACUUCUUACCAGGUGCAGGAGUUAAAAUAGACUGCAAGUUCAAAGCAAUUGCACCAAAAAUCAGAGAACAAGUAACAUUCUCAGUAAACAGAACCACAAAUAGGCAUGGAAUUUACAAGUUGGAAAUACCAGCUGUUGAUGGGAUGGCAUGCGCAGAAGCAGCCAUUGAAUCUGCCUGUGAAGCAAGCUUAAUUUGGAGUUCAUCUAAGUCAUGCAAUGUUCCUGGAUACAAAUCCACAUCAGAUCAGAUAACAAUCAAAGCCAAACAACCCAAUCUCUGUGUCUACAGCCUUACUGCAUUGAAUUAUAGACCAUCAAAGAUUGAUCUUAGCUUAUGCAGAAAUUAAGAUGAAGAUUUCUCCAUUUCUUUCACCUUACAUCACAUAUAUAUGGGCUUUCUUUCAUCUAAAUGUGCGCCUUUUCUCGUUAGAUGCUAUUUCUUCAAUAUCAUCCUUCACUCAAAAUAACUGCAAUUUCCAUUACUAGAUUCUUCCAAGUCCAUCAAAGCAUUCUGCAUUUCCUGGCCCGCUCACUAUUAAACAGCUGCAGUCUUGGUACCUAAUUAUUAAUUUUUUAAUAUAAUAUUAUUUGUUGGCUUGGGUUAGCUUAUACUAAUAUGUUCAAAUAUUUUUGUGCACUCUAAGACUCCAUUUGGUAAGUCGAAUGAAAUGUAAUGCAAUCAUAUGUAUUUGUAGUGUAAUGUUACAGUAGAAAUACAUCCAUUUAUAUUAUAUUCCAUUCCA